UUCUUAUUAAUAUAUUAUCUUAAUAUCAUUAAUUUCAUUCGCGAUUUUUUAUCAAAAGGUAAUGCAUAUGUUUUAAAUAUUAAAUUUCGUAUUUUCCGCGUGUGUUGAAUUGACUCAUGCGUGAUAAAUAUAACGACAAUCGAUCAUUUACAUUACGUGACUAGCCGGAAAUUUAUCUAGCUAUAUUUUGCGCGCGUUUUUAUUAUCAAUUGAUAAUAAAUAGUAAAUAAUAGAUAAUAGAUAAUAAAUUCGAUAGAUAGCACUUGCACCUUCUUGCACGGAUGUCGAGAGAUUCUAAACAUCUAAUCGGCAUGCUUGCGGCUUCUGUCAACAUUUGUGUUUAUGUUCACUUGCAUUUUUAAUUAAUUUUUGUCUUCUGUAAAUAUAAUACAUAUCCUGCCACAAAGAGUCGCUCUUGCUCUUGACACAACAUGAAGAUCAUCCUCGUAACUGGAGGUUCGGGACUUGUUGGCAAAGCUAUUCAAAGUGUCAUCAAACAUGACAGGAGAGAGGACGAGAAAUGGAUAUUUGUUGGGUCCAAAGAUGCGGAUUUGUGCGAUAAGGAGAGCACUCGUAGGUUAUUCGAUCAGCACAAACCGACACACAUUAUUCAUCUAGCUGCCAUGGUCGGCGGGCUUUUUCAUAAUAUGUCACACAAUUUGGACUUUUUGCGGAAUAAUAUACACAUGAACGACAACGUUCUCCACACUGCUCACGAGCAUAAUGUUGCCAAGGUUGUUUCGUGCCUUUCUACUUGUAUAUUUCCAGAUAAGACGACUUAUCCAAUCGAUGAAACCAUGGUUCACAAUGGACCGCCACAUCCCUCGAAUUAUGGUUACAGUUAUGCCAAACGGCUUAUAGAUAUCGCAAACAGAGGUUAUCAUGACCAGCAUGGCAGACUGUACACCAGUGUAAUUCCUUGCAAUGUCUUUGGUCCUUAUGACAAUUUCCAUCCCAGUGCAAGUCAUGUUAUACCUGGUUUAAUGCGAAGACUUUAUGACUUGUGCAAAGAUGGAAAUACAGAGAAUAAAGUAUUUUCUGUGCUGGGCUCUGGCAAGCCUUUAAGGCAAUUUAUUUAUAGCAUAGACUUAGCAAAAUUAAUAAUUUGGGUCUUGCGAGAAUAUGAUUCUGUGGAACCAAUUAUAUUGUCAGUGGACGAGGCGCAAGAGAAAUCAAUAGCGCAAGUAGCCGAAACUUUAGUGGAAGCUUUCAAUUUCAAGGGUAAGAUGAUGUAUGAUACGUCAGCGGCAGACGGUCAAUAUAAGAAAACGGCGAGUAACGCUAAAUUACGAAGGUAUUUACCCGAUUUUCAAUUUACACCUUUUGAACAAGCGAUUAAAGAGACCGUUGAUUGGUAUAUAAAAAACUACGAUCGUGCGAGGAAUUAAGAUAGUUGGACCAGCUCUGCUCAGAUGUCGUAAAUGCUUUUAUUCCCACGAAUAACAUUUCCGAUUCGAACUUGUAUUUAGAUUCACAAUAUCAGAAUUGUUGAGUUCAAAAGGACUGACUGUCAUGAGUCUGAUAAGUUGGAUAACUUAACAGUUAUUCGUUUAUCGUUGCCAUUAUCAAUUGUAUUAAGGUGUCUAUUGAGUUUUGUUACAACAAUUGUAUGUACAUUUAAUUCUAAUAUUUUAAAAUAUGUACAAAUUCCAAUUAUAUAGUUUACUAGAAUCUAUAGUUACUGCUAAGCAAUACAAACGUUUUAUUUGUUAGAAAUGGUGAAAGAUGGAAUUAGAAAUAUACGAAAAUACGGGUAUCGAUCGUAUAACUUUGUCAUAUUGUAAAGGACUAUAUUUUUGGAAUAAACGAUUUUCUCGCAAAACGUUUUAUUCAUUGCUGAGAUCAAAACGUUUUGUACGGCCAUUGACCUUUACAACAGACGAGCUCAAUCGACAUCGGCGAGUAUUUUCAGGCCGUUAAAUAAACAUUGACGAUAUUUUUAUUGAUCUGGAAAUUUAAGUUCCUGCGCGCACACUAAAGAUAGAUCCAGGCGAGCACCUGCAUUUAUUUUUGCUCGCGCGUAGCACUCCGGUGAAAUAUAUUUUAGGUCAGUUCGUCCAUAAAUUUGACUGAUGGAUCGCUUUAUGAUGUCUAUUGACCAUUACGUCGUGGAAACGGAAACCUAAUUUCGCAAAUGCGCGUCAUAAGUACAAAGUCACUUCGCUAAAUUAGAAAUUAGUCAUGUCGAGAAUUUUCUUUAAUCCUUAAUAUAUUUGAUACGCAUACGUUUUACGUAUAUUUUAUUACACUAACUUUUAAGAAUACUCUAAAUUUGAUGUCAAUUUUCACUCAAUGAAAAUGAACUACGGCAAAUUAGAUACAUGUAUAGGGACGCAAAUAAAAAAUGAAAGCUUCCUAUUUAUCUAAUUCCAAAUGUUCCUUAGUAAAUUUUCGAUUUGAGAUUUAAUCUUUAAUAAAAAACCAAAUGUCUUCAAACAUUGAAUAAUAGCAAUGAUAUAUUUUUCGACGUUUCCGCUAAAGAAAAUUCGACCUUAAAUUUUCUCACUAAAAUUCGACGCAUUGUUUGUGAGUCGUACACAUAUAUAUAAUAUAAACGAAGAGCUAUUUUACAUUCUUAAUUACUCUAUUAUCUUGAAUUGGAGAACUCGAAUAAAAGACAAUAU